UCAACGUGCUGAGUCUACAUACUCUCUCUCACACGGCAACUUGACAGCUGAACAGUGCGCUCGUAUGAGUGAGUUACACCUGGGUAAACUUACUGCUUCGUCUCCGUGGAGUUCACCUGUUUUACGGAGGAGACCCGGAGGAGAGAGAUGGCCUCCAAGGAGAGUUUUAACGACUUGGGAUGCAGUUCUUCCGAGGAGGACAGCAGCCGUGCGGACUUCACAGAGGAGUCGGGGGAAGAGAAGGCAUCUCCCGUGGUGCGUCGGCAUCACCCCUUCAGCGUGGAGGCGCUCAUGUCCGGGAGAAAGACGCACAGCCGGAGCGGAGAGUCCGCCUGCUUUACACCGAAGGAAAGUUCGGUGGCGUUGUCCCCGACGGGGUUAAACUCCUUGUAUGUGAGCCGGGAGACGUGCAGCCCUCCCGGGGGAAGCCAAAAGAGUUUAACUGCUGCCCCUUCGUCGCCAGUGAAGUCUGAAACAUCAGAGUCAGAGGACUGCGCACCGUGGGUUACUACCAGCGCCUUUUCCACACAACCUCGUCACCUCAGUCCUGCCUGCCAGCUGAGGAAACACAAGACCAACAGGAAGCCCCGCACACCCUUCACCACAUCCCAGCUCCUCGCUCUGGAGAGGAAAUUCAGGCAGAAGCAAUACCUGUCCAUCGCCGAGCGAGCCGAGUUCUCCUCCUCCUUAACUCUCACAGAGACUCAGGUGAAGAUCUGGUUCCAGAAUCGCCGAGCCAAAGCCAAGAGGCUCCAGGAGGCCGAGCUGGAGAAACUCAAGAUGGCCGCUGACGCCAAGACGGCCGCAGUGGCAGCCGUUGCUGCUGGAGCUUUACACCCUGGCUUUAGGUUACCACUGUCACUGGGUGCCAUGUCACUAUAUGGACAGUCAUACUCCUCUGCCUAUCACCACCACAGACCCAUCCUGCCCAUUUCCCCUUUAGGAGUGUACGCUGCUCCUCUGGGCUACAGCAUGUACCACUUAUAAAAAUGGAAAUAUCAGCAACUAAAGGAUUCCAAAAAAUGGACACGGAGGAAAUGUGCUCAAAAAUCUCUAUGUAUAAUAUACAGUUUCUACCGCACGAGAAGUGUUUGUAAUAACUUUCUGAGCACUUCAGAAUCUGUUUAAAGAUCUAUUUUCCCAACAGUGAGGAUAAGAGAAACUUCCUCUCUUGCCCCUUUUGGACUGCCUGUUUACACGACUUGUCUAUAUGAGGAGGGGUGUUACUGUCCAGCUCUUUAUAACCUCCAGUUGUUUACUUCUGCAAUAAUUGAGCAGGGCGAGGACUUGCACUGGGAACCAUAACACAGACUUUCCUAUUAAGUCUUACUACUUAUCAAAUAAAGCACCUGGGGCCUUAAAGUCAAGACACUUUGCAUGGAUGAGUGGGUCUUUCAGCAACUCAGGCAACUUCUUGUCUUUUUAAAAGAAUUUUUUCAAUAAUUUUGAAAUUCAAAUUCAGGUUAUUUGUGUCUUUUCAGCAGUAAGAUUUAUCCCUCUAACUGUAUGCUAUUGUAAUUACAGUUUUGUUGAUGUUUUCUCUUUUAGCAAUAAAAGUAUUUUCAUUACACCCUAAUUUCUUUACGAGACAUUUGCAGAGCAUAGACAUAUUUAUUCUCUUUAAAAUGCAAUGCUGGAAAUGUAUGAAUUGUGUAUUUAUGAUUAUGAGAACAUGGUACAAAAUUUCUAACCGAGUAUGUAUUUAUAUUGUUCUUCUCCCUUUGAAAGGGCCUGCAAUGUGCUAUGCAGUUUAUAUAUAUAUAUAUUUUUCAUUUUUUUCAUUCAUAUGAACCAAACUAUUAAAGGCUCACAGACUGUUUUCUUUAAA